AUGGAUCUUCUAUCUGUCCUGCCUGGCUUUGCGACAAGACCCUAUGCGCACAUUCUUCCUCCUCUUGAGCGAGGCAAGAUCUCAACUGUCGACCUUAUCACGCUCGACACGCUCGAGAUCGCGAAACGCGCUCAUGUGCCCCCCGCAGACGUCCGGCGACUGGCCGCCAGCAUCGUCGAGGCUUUGCAUGGCGAUCUUGGGUUCGAAAAGACACAGGUGACGACAGAACAAAAUGGAGAAGAGUUCUCAAGCUCGAGCAUCAGCGGUGAUGCUGUGAGCUUUGAUCUCGGCCCGGCCACGAAGCUCGAACCAUCGCGAUGGAACACAAUCAGCACCUUAGAGCCGGCUCUCGAUGAGGUCUUAGGAGGUGGAGUACCGACCGGAUAUGUGACAGAGGUGACUGGCGAGAGUGGCAGCGGCAAGACCCAAUUCCUCCUCAGCCUCCUCCUUGCGGUGCAACUGGACAAGCCCCAUGGGCUGAAGAAACGUGCAAUCUAUAUCUCAACCGAACACCCAUUAGCGACGGGUCGCCUAUCCCAGCUGAUAGAAUGCCAUCCAUACCUCUCUAUUUUGCCCGCCGACCAGGCGCCGUCCUUACAAAACGUCCUCUCCAUUAAUGCCAUGGACUUGGAGAGUCAGGACCACAUCCUCAAUUACCAGCUACCGGUUGCUAUAGCACGGUACGAUGCCGGCCUGAUCAUCAUCGACUCCAUAACCUCCAAUUACCGCGCUGAACACUCCUCUAACAACAUGCUUGCGAUGUCAAACCGGUCCACUGAACUUGCAAAGCUGGGUCAGAUGCUGCGGAAUCUUGCCGCGAAGGAAAACAUAGCCAUCGUGGUCGCGAAUCAGGUGUCCGAUCGCUUCGAACCCGCGGAAGGAAAUGGAAGUGAUUCUUCCUUCCGACCAGGGUUUCCAGCUGUCUCAAGUCAAAGCGCUGCCCUGGCGGCACGAGAAUCCGCCAAUGCCUCACCAUUAUCAAGAGGCCGAACAGAUUCGGGACCUGCGGAUAAUCUCAUUCCCUCAUCGUCUCCUGCGUCUUCGCAAUUCGCUGCCCAAGAGGAUGACCAGUUUGAUGGUUCCUACAUCAUCAACAAUUCCGCUCGUAGCAGUAUACUGAGUCUCUUUCACCAAGAGCGGUUCUUCACAGGAUGGGGCGACGGUCUGUAUUCUGAGACCUCGCUUAAGACCCCGGCUCUGGGAUUUUUCUGGUCCACGCAGAUUGCAUGUCGUAUUGCAUUGAAAAAGGACGGUACACGUCCUCCAGUUCCCCCUUGGGAUAAUGCCGGGUACCCUCUGUCUACCCCCCGGGAACAGACAGACCUCUAUUCGCAAAGUCGGGCAGAAAAGCCACAGGCUCAAAAGCCCGUGAUUUCUUCUGCUCGUGAAGUUCACACAACGGAGACAACCAAAACAGCGAAAGUUCCUGAUGGGGAAGACCAGUCUCUAGAUGCCUUCGAGAAGCCAGUCCUUUCACAGAAACAGAAGGCCCCCGAAGGCCCGGAGCACAUAACACGGCGAAAAAUGAAGCUUGUUUUCGCUCCCUGGACAUCAGGGUCGAUAAAGUCACCGAACGAAGAAUAUGUCGUAGCGACACAAUCGUUGAGCGAGAGGAACAAUGAGAUUGAAUUUGAGAUCUGGAAAGGUGGGCUGAGGACUGCACGCCAUGGGGGGUGA